UGGGAAAGACAACUAUGUGAGUGCGCCCUUACAGUGUCCAGCAGUGCGUGAAAAAAAGUGUUAAAUUGAUCGUGGUUGUUUUGGGGAUCACUUGUGGACAUUCGCUUGUUUCAAUAUGAUGCGUUUCCUGUUGCUGUUCAGCCGGCAGGGGAAGGUGCGUCUACAGAAGUGGUACGCACCCAUCACCGAGCGCGAGAAGAAGAAGGUGAUGCGCGAUAUGACUAUGCUGGUGCUCGCCCGCAAGCCCCGCACCAGCAACUUCCUCUCCUGGAGGGACCUCAAGAUCGUCUACAAGAGGUAUGCCAGUCUUUAUUUCUGCUGUGGCCUUGAAGAUCAGGACAAUGAGUUGUUGGCCCUGGAGGUUUUACAUCGAUAUGUGGAGCUGCUUGAUAAAUACUUUGGCAAUGUGUGUGAAUUGGACAUCAUUUUUAACUUUGAGAAGGCCUACUUCAUUCUGGAUGAAUUCAUGAUGGGCGGGGAGAUACUGGAGACAUCAAAGUCGUCCGUCGCUAGGGCAAUAGAGGCCUCAGACAUGCUGCAGGAGACAAUGGAGGAGUACAUGAGCAAGCCUGCUUUCUAGAGCACAGGAGAAAGGGGAAGAAAUGAAGCCAGGAAGUGAAUGGAGCAUGCGCACAGGUGUGUCUUUGACCUUCGACACGCCACUGCCUUUUCUCUGUGUAACAAUGUGCUCGACUCUCCAUGUUCCCAAAGAGGUAGUCGUAGGUCGCUCAUAACUUCACUCUAUACAUCCGCUCAACUUUCCUCAUUUCAAAGGGAUUUAUAUGGACACUAGCCAUACAAUGACACUGAUACCAAGAGUUAUGCCAGUUAAAAUUGCAUGAUGAUGAUGACAAUCAUAGCUAACUGUAUGUAAUAAUUACUACUCCUAUAAAAAUGAUGUUUUAUUAUGACAAUCAUCUAUUUAAAUUAAUGUCAGAUUAUUACAAGUGCCUUUUUAUGUAUGUUUAUGUCACUUUAUGCUAAAUAUUCAGAUUUUAUAGAGUCAUUCUAGUGCCUCAGGGACUAGUUGGUUGUAAUUGUUUUUGUUUUGUUCAUUUUGUGGAUGGUCAUAAAUUCUGUAUUUUACAGCACAAGAGAUUUUUUUUCAUGGACACUGUAUAAUAAAAACAUAUUUUGAUAAA